GGUAGGAGAUCUCAUGAAACCGACGCUCUCAGGGAUCUGUUAGCCUUUUCGUAUAAAUUCUCGGCCUACCAGUCUUAGUUCAAAACUGAUAAUGAAGAAUUUCAGAAAGAGAGCUCACGAAGAAGACGAGGAAGAGAAGAACAACCAUUCCGAAGACGAAGAAGAGAGGAGAUUGGCAUUAGAGGAAGUGAAGUUUCUCCAGAAACAAAGGGAGAGAAAAGCUGGGAUUCCUGCAAUCCUGAACUUGCAGACGGCCGGUGUUGUUCCGAAACCAAGUGAGAAGAAUGAAGGAGACGGAGAGAAGGAGGAGUUGGUGCUGCAGGAUACCUUCGCUCAAGAAACUGCCGUUAUGGUGGAAGAUCCAAACAUGCUGAAGUAUGUUGAGCAAGAACUGGCAAAGAAAAGAGGUAAGAAUGUUGAUUCAACCAAUCAAGUGGAGAAUGACUUAAAGCGUGCUGAGGCUGAGUUAUAUGCCAUUCCAGAGCAUCUUAAGGUUAAAAAGAGGAACUCAGAAGAAAGCUCUACUCAAUGGACUACUGGAAUUGCCGAAAUUCAACUCCCCAUUGAAUACAAAUUGAGAAAUAUUGAGGAAACAGAGGCUGCAAAAAAGCUUCUGCAAGAAAAGAGACUCGUAGGUCGGGCUAAAUCAGAGUUGAACAUCCCCUCAAGUUACAGUGCAGAUUAUUUCCAACGUGGGAGGGAUUAUGCAGAAAAACUUCGGAGAGAUCAUCCUGAGCUAUACAAGGACAAAGGUGUGCAGGAUAAUGGCAUGGGAACUAGACCAGUGGAUGGUGCUAACAUUGAUGCAGCUGGUCGGAGGCAAGCCGCUACAGAUGAGUUCAUGCUUGACCGUUUCCGUAAACGAGAACGCAACCGUGUCAUGCGGAGAUAACACCAUCUGAAACUGUGGCUUGAUCUCACCCUAUGAACUGUAUUUUAGUGGCUUGAUUACCUCUCUUGCUAUUCUUAUGUUGUCCAUGCUAUUUGGAAUGUGCAUAUGCUGCUAAUUUAUCAACUCUUGUGAUGUCUCCCUUCUGCAAAUGGUACAUUUUAACAUAUACCGAGCUGUAUAUGUAAAUUCUGAACUGAGGACGUGCAGCCAUCACUCGGGAGAUAGGAUCCUCAUUGGAGUUACAGAUCAUGUGAUAUAUUUCUUCAUUCCAAGCACUAUCAUCUUUUCUGGUUGUAGAUCAAGCAAUCUGAGAAUCAAAUGUAUUUCGUCACGUGAAGUUGGGAACAUAAGCUAUUCAUACUA